AGUAUCUAAGUUGGUUUUAUUUAAUUAUUAUGCUUAGAUGAAUGCAUAAAAAUAUGAAGCGAUACUUAGAACAUGGUUUAACGCAACAUUUAUAGUGCCGUGUACAAAGGAAAGAAAUAUAAUAUAUUGGCAAAAACUCAAGUGGAUGGACUUCCAAAGAUACCGUACCCCACUUCACCCAAGUCAACUGACAAAAUCUACUGUGGGCGGGAGACUUUGAGAGUUGUGUAAUUCUUGACCAAAGAAAAAAAGAAGUUAAUUGUGUCCACACGCUCUUUUUUUGACUUGCUGCCAAUCCAUCUUCCCUUGCUACCCACCCCUCGUCAAUCAAUCCCAAGUCAACUCACUCUCUCUAAUGUAUGUAUAUAUUUUUUUAAUCAAUGUACAUACAACUACAUUCAAUCCAUUAUCUCCUCUCCACACAAUCCAAAAUGCUGCAUCUUCUUCUGCUAUUCAUCGUUUUAGUAUCUUCUUGUGCAGCAGUUGACACCAAGCCCGGAUGCCCUUCCAAUUGUGGAAACGUCACCGUUCCCUAUCCUUUUGGCAUCGGCUUUGGUUGUUACAUGGCUACCGGGUUUGACAUAACUUGCAAUUCUACCUAUGAUCCUCCAUUACCAUUCUUAGGCACUUCUAACCUUCAAGUUGAGGAAAUUUCUGAAGCUAAGCUCCGCAUACGCAACUUUGUUUCUUUCAAAUGCUACACUCCAACUGGGGCUCUCACCCGGUCAAUCGCGUCUUGGAUCAACUUGGGCAAGCUCCCUCUGUUCUUCUCCACCACCAACAAGUUCACCGCCAUCGGCUGCGACACCAUGGCCUUGAUCACUGGUUCUGAGGGGCUUUCCUACACCAGUGGAUGCGUCUCCCUUUGCUCCAACAAGGAAACCGUGAUCAAUGGCUCCUGUUCUGGCAUCGGGUGCUGUCAGACUGACGUCCCCAGAGGCCUGAAGCGCUUUCAGAGCGCGAUUGGGAACCUUAACAACCAUACCAAAACCUGGCAAUACAAUCCUUGCAGCUACGCCUUUCUGGUUGACCAAGACCGCUACACCUUCCGGGUUUCUGAUCUUGCGGAUCCCAACUUUAUAUCCACCAUUCAAAGCUUGCCAGUGGUUCUGGAUUGGGUGGUGGGUAGCACGACAUGUGAAGAGGCUCGGAAAGGAUUGUCAACUUACGUUUGUCAGGCCAAUUCUGAAUGCUACGAUUCAGAGAGCGGAAGCGGUUAUCAAUGUCGAUGCAGAAGAGGUUUCAGUGGGAACCCAUAUCUGAGUUCUGGAUGCCAAGACAUUGACGAGUGUGCAGGCCCCAACAACCCUUGCGAGGGCAUAUGCGUGAAUACCCCUGGCAGUUAUUACUGCUCAUGUCCCCACGGUUCUUACGGUGAUGGUAAGAAGGAGGGCAAGGGUUGUAUUAACAAAACCAAGCAAUUUCCACUUAUUCAACUCACUCUUGGUCUUGCCUCCACUCUUCUCUUUGUCGUCGUUACAGCCACUUGGCUUUACUUCUCCAUCAAGAAGAGGAAUCUCAUUAGACUCCGAGAGAAAUUCUUCCACCAAAACGGGGGAUUCUUACUGCGCCAGCAGUUAUCCCAACACGACGUUGCCGUUGACUCCACAAAAAUCUUCACAGCAGAGGAGCUGGAGAAAGCGACCGACAAUUAUGCUGAGACUCGUAUUCUGGGCAGGGGUGGAAACGGAACUGUGUACAAAGGAAUUCUGCCCGACGGCAAAACAGUGGCCAUUAAGAAAUCCAAGAUAGUGGAUGAAAGCCAAAUUGAACAAUUCAUCAACGAAGUCAUAAUUCUGACCCAAAUCAACCACCGAAAUGUGGUGAAGCUGAUGGGAUGCUGCCUAGAGACGGAGGUUCCUCUGCUGGUGUAUGAAUUCGUGUCAAAUGGGACUCUACACAGCCAUAUUCAUGACAAGAACAGGUUUAAUAAUAAUUCUCUGUCUUGGGAAGACCGGAUGAGAAUAGCGACAGAAACGUCAGGAGCUCUUGCGUACCUGCACUCGGCCGCGUCCACGCCCAUCAUUCACAGAGACGUGAAGUCGGCGAACAUACUGUUGGACAAGAAAUGCACUGCGAAAGUGGCCGAUUUUGGAGCAUCGAAGUUUAUCCCGAUGGAUCAGUCGCAGAUCACGACGCUGGUUCAGGGGACGUUCGGUUACUUAGACCCGGAGUAUUUUCAAACGAGUCAGUUGACGGAGAAGAGCGAUGUGUACAGCUUUGGGGUGGUACUGGUAGAGCUGUUGACGGGGGAGCUGCCGGUAUCGUUCGAGAGAUCGGAAACGGAGAGAAAUCUGUCGUCGUAUUUUGUAGCGUGUUUGCGGGAGAAGAGGUUGUUUAGGAUACUGGAUGGGAGAGUGCUGAGGGAGGGAAAGAGAGAGCAACUGAUAGCAGCAGCAGAGCUAGCAAGGAGAUGCCUGAAGCUAAAGGGUGAAGAUAGGCCGAGGAUGAGAGAAGUUGUGUCUGAGUUGGAACGGUUAACAAUGAAAAGUGAUGGCGUAAAUGUAAAUGAGACACAAACUUUGGUGGAAGUGGAACAAUAUUCGGAUUUGUACCCCAUUCAAUACACUUCUACUUUUCAACCCUACGCAUUUGAUCACUCUCACGACUCUACUUCUUCCCAUUCCCAAGAAGACGACGGAUCCCGACUCUUACACUCCUUCCACCUCUCCAGAUGACCAUCACCGCCAUUGCAAUGCCAAUAAUGCCAAUGCCCAUUCCCUUUUCUUUUAUUAUUGCUUAUAUUUAUCUUCUCUUGUAUUAACCAUGUCCUUAAAAAGAAAACAAAAAUAUAGAUGAUUCAUUUGAUCGUGCCCGCUCAUACGCAGAGAAACAUAACGAAAUAUAGAUGAUUACUGUAUAUAUGUCCAAAUUUUAUUUCC